AUGCAAUCAUCAUCAAAGUUGACAAUAAUCAAACAAUGGUUACGAGAUAACUGUGUAGUCAUUGACGAAAGCAAGAUUGAGAUUGUAGAUACAACAACUCAUCCUCAUGUCAUUGUUGAAGGUUUAGGUAUCAUUGCAAAACAAGAUUUAAAAGUUGAUGAAAUUAUUGCAGUUAUACCAAAGAGAUGUGUAUUAUCACCAAAGACAACAUCGAUAGCACCAAUUUUAGAGAAAUAUGAAUUAGAAGAGGCUGUAGCAACAUCGAUUGCAUUAAUGUAUGAAACAUCAAAAGGAGUGCAAUCAAAGUGGUACUCUUAUAUUCAAUCAAUGCCAACUGUUAUUGAUUUGCCCAUCCUUUGGGACAAAGAGUCUAUUGAAUACUUGGUAGGAACAGACUUGGAAGAGAUUGUCAUUGAGAAUAUUGAAACACUCGAGGAGCAGUACCGAGAAGACGUUGAACCAAUCAUAAAGAAUCAUCCAGAAACUUUUAAGGAAAACAUCUUUACAUUGGAGAGUUUCAAAAUUGCAAGUACUAUUGUUUCAUCAAGAGCUUUUAAUAUUGAUCAAUAUCAUGGUGAAUCUUUAGUUCCUUUAGCCGACAUAUUUAAUCAUAAAACUGGCAGAGAAAAUGUACAUGUUGAAGCAGAUGGUAAUGUUUGUAAACAAUGUGGAGAAUUGGAUGGAUGUGAACACAAAAAGAAAAAGGGAGGUAAAAAGGUGGUCAAAGGAGCUCCUUCUUUGAAAAAGGCUACACCACAAGAUAUUGAAAAAAAGACAACAUUCAAGGAUCGUAUAGAGUUGUUGCCAAAAGAUUCAUUAUUCAUUACCAUUGUCAAACCAGUCAACAAGGACUGUGAAGUAUUCAAUACCUAUGGAGAUCACGACAAUUCAUUGUUGCUUUCAAAAUAUGGGUUUUUAGAGAUGGACAAUCCAUGUGAUCUAUUGCGUAUCGAUAGACAACUAGUAGACAAGUUACUCUUUUCCUAUUUGGAUUUAUACAAGAUUGAACAACCCGCUCUCAUGAAGCGAUUGGAAUUUUAUUGUGAAAAUUUCGAUGAAGAUUCUAGAGAACAUCAUGCAUUUGAACUUGACGGUCAUGGUGAUGAUGCCCUCAUCACCACUCUUUACAUUGCUUUGGCGCCACCAGAAACUUUUAAUCAAUGGAAGAAAAUGAAACAAGCACAAUUUUACAAAAUCUUUGAAAAGAAACAAGCCAUCGAUAUGGUCAAAGAAUUCCAACAAGUACGAAAAGCAAUUUUAGAUGUAAUUGAUAAAAGAUUAGAAAAAUAUAAUCAAAACAAAUUUAAUGAUAAUAAUAAUAAUAAUAAUAAUAAUAAUAAUAAUAAUAAUAAUAAUAAUAAUAAUAAUAAUACAACUACUACAACAACAAAUAAUGAAUCAAUUAAUCAAAAUAAUAAUAAUAAUAAUAAUGAUAGAAAGAAAUGGGCAAUAUCAUUGGCAAAAUGUGAAAAGUUAAUUUUAGAAAAUGCUAGAAAAUAUUAUACUGCAAAAUAA